GUGUUUACUUGUAUUGACAGGAGAUAAGAAAUAUCCCAAAUAUCAAAGUACUAAUGUUUUUAAUAAAUUUGUUUUGCUUUUGAGGCAAAAUUAAGUUUUUCAGUCGUAACGAUUAUGACUGAAAAUAAUCAUGACAAUAAAAACACUAAUUUAAGUAUCUGAAAAUGUCUCGGGCAACCAUAAGUUUUUAAAGGCAAUGUUAUAAAAUGGCUUCAAAUUCUUACAGGGUGGAAUGGGUAGAAAUCAUAGAACCCAAAACUCAGGAGCAUAUGUAUGCAAACUUAGCCACAGGAGAAUGUGUAUGGGACCCUCCAGAAGGUGUUCCUGUAAAAAGAACAGAUUCAAACCAGUGGUGGGAAUUGUUCGAUCAAAACACAGCCAGAUUUUAUUAUUAUAAUGCUACCACCCAGAGAACAGUUUGGCAUAAGCCAACAAACUGUGACAUAAUUCCUCUAGCUAAGUUACAAACCUUAAAGCAUAAUACAGAUUGUAGCCCUGCUGUUACAAGUAACCAGUCUACUCAAACAGGCAAUCCCGAAAGAGGGCAGGCUUUAAGUUUGUCUGCUAGCACACCUCAGCUUCGCCGGAGACCCAGUGAUUUGUGUAGGAGCAGUAGUUUUAGUCAAAGAGGGGCAGAGGCUCCUUUAUACUCAAAUUGGCAUGAUUCUCAUUUGUUACCUUUAGAACACUUUUUGCUGAAUAAUAGCAGGGAAUCUGACAGUGACCACUCUGAUAGCGGAAGUGAAUCUCUAACUGGUCAUGAACCUGACAAUGAAGAUUCUGAUCAGUCUGAAGGAAGCUAUUUACCUCAUAGGCUUUCUCAUAGACAAGUUGAAUAUCUGAACCUGCCAACUGGAAUAACAACAGAACCUCGAGAGCGAGAACGAGAAUGUCCACCCACGCCUUUACUAAAACCGCUAGCAGAACCACCACUGCAGCCAGAAAGAGAGGCGGAUAUGGAAAAGUUUGCAGCCGACAACUUAAAUUUAGGAGGGAGAGGCUUGUUCAGAAGAAAGGCUAGUGUGAGAGACUUACUAAGUUGGACAGAGAGAAGUCUGCAAAGACCUUUAUUAGCAUCUAGCAAACCUGUAUAUAAGCAAGCUUUGGAAAUGUUUAGGCAAGUUCAAAUGUAUAUGGGAGACAGGAAGGCCAGACCGGGUGUAUCAUUAAACUCACUCCUGAUGGAACUGCUAGGCUUAGCGCAUUUGCAACCACUACUUAGAGAUGAGCUUUUUGUUCAGCUUUGUAAGCAAACUACAGAGAACCCUAGAAGGGAAUCUUUGUUAAGAGGAUGGGAAUUAUUGACAAUUGCUCUCGCGUUUAUACCUCCAAGUCCAGUGUUUCAACCUGCUUUAUUAGGGUACCUGAAUAGACAUCGAGAUCCUACUUUUUCGCGUGUUUUUCCUGAUGUUAAUCGGUGGCCCAUACAUGUACAGGUCAAUCACUAUGCCACCGUAGCAUGCCAACGUUUAGAACGAAUAGGUGCUGGAGGUAAACGGUCAGCUAAAAGACCACAACUGGAUGAUAUUGAAUCUGCUAGGAAACAAAUAUUUCAAGCAAGUCUCUUCGGUAACACUCUGCGGGAAGUUAUGCAACUACAAUCAAGCAAAUGGCCCAAUAGAAGAUUGCCAUGGCCUCAAGUAGAGCUUUCCAUGCAAGUCCUGAAGCAUCAAGGGUUGCAAACGGAAGGAAUAUUUCGCGUUUCAGCCGAUGUAGAUGAGGUUAAUCGAUUAAAAGCCCAAAUGGAUAAAUGGGAACUUAGCGAGCCCAGUGAUGCGCAUGCCCCUGCAAAUUUACUUAAAUUAUGGCUAAGAGAACUCUACGAACCCUUAAUUCCCGACAGCCUUUAUCCUGAGUGUGUUGCCGAACCAAUGACUUCUCGUCGUGCUUGUGAUUUAGUGUUACGUUUACCCACUUUGCAUAGAUUAGUAUUGUGUUAUUUAAUUAGAUUUCUUCAAACAUUCAAUAAACCUGAAGUAAUACAACAUACCAAAAUGGAUGCCUCGAAUUUAGCGAUGGUGUUUGCGCCCAACUGCUUAAGAUGCACUGCUAGUGAUCCCCGUACCAUGUUCGAUAAUGCUCGAAAGGAAAUGGCGUUUUUACGAUGCCUUAUCCAGGAUCUCGAUACAGAAUGUGUUAAAGAUAUGAUUUGACCUCAAUUUUGUAUUGUAUAUUUACCAUUUUAAUUAUUGUACCAUUUUUUAUUAUAAAUAAUAGAUAUGC